CAUUAUUCUUUCAGAUUGAGGUGUUUUCAGAAGGAUGGUGAUCUACAAGGGAUUAAUAGAUCACUGAUAAUCCAUCACUUUGUGAUCCUAAGUGUUUGUGUUCACGAAUUGUGCUCUGUUGGACAUCUGGACUGGACACCAUGGUGCUCCUGUACUCCUGUGUGCGUAUGUUUAAGUAAGUGAAUGAGCCUGUGAGAGAUCUCUCAUCUUGUGUGCAUGAGGGUGCACUGAUUCGAAGAACCAUGGGGAACGCUUCAGGCGGCAUGGAGGUGUCACCCAGCCGAGACGUGAAAGGGGCGCAAAACUCUUUCAGCCCCGGCGGCUUGAAACAACCUCCUGGACCUAAACUGCCCCUGCCUUCGCAGGAGGAGCUGGAGGAGAGGUUCAGCUCGGUCCUGAACUCCAUGAACCUGCCUCCUGAUAAAGUGAAACUGCUCCUCCAGUAUGACAGUGAGAAGAAGUGGGAGUUGGUCUGUGACCAGGAGCGCUUUCAGGUAAAGAAUCCACCAUCAGCCUACGUGCAGAAACUCAAGAGCUUUUUAGAGCAAGGAGGCAGCAGGAAGUUUAAGAGACGUGUACAAGAGGCCACCCAAGUCUUGAGAGAGCUGGAAAUAUCCUUAAGGACUAAUCACAUUGGCUGGGCUCAAGAAUUUCUCAAUGACGAGAACAAGGGGUUGGACGUUCUAGUCGAGUAUCUUUCCUUUGCCCAGCGCGCUGUGCCGUAUGACUUGGACUCCAUAGAUAAUGGGAGCUUUGAGGAGAAAUCAGCAGAAGACGGGACACUGAGUGCCACUAACUCGCCUACCCACAAUUCCUCACACACCAACCGCUCCUACGCAGCACGAUUGAACUCUUUCCACAACAGGAAGGCUCUGAGGAACUCACGCCUGCUCAGUCAGAAAGAUCACCUACACCUCUGCAUCAUGUGCCUCCGGGCCAUCAUGAACUACCAGUCAGGGUUCAAUCAGGUGAUGAGCCACCCGAACUGUGUCAAUGAGAUCACACUGAGCCUCAACACUAAUAAUGCCAGAACUAAAGCCUUGGUUCUGGAGCUGUUGGCUGCGGUGUGUUUCGUCCGAGGAGGUCACGACAUCAUCCUCGCAGCUUUCAACAACUUUAAAGAGGUGUGCGGAGAGAAGAGCCGCUUCGAAAAGCUGAUGGCCUACUUCCGUAACGAGGACAGUAACAUCGACUUCAUGGUGGCGUGCAUGCAGUUCAUCAAUAUUGUGGUGCAUUCUGUAGAAAACAUGAACUUCAGAGUUCAUCUGCAGUACGAGUUCACACAGCUGGGACUGGAUGAUUACCUGGAGAUGUUAAAAAUGAGUGAGAGUGAGAGAUUACAGGUGCAGAUCCAGGCGUAUCUGGAUAACUUGUUCGAUGUUGGAGGACUGCUGGAGGACGCAGAGACCAAAAACGCUUUACUGGAGCACCUAGAGGAACUCCAGCAGAACAACACCAAGUUGAGCAACAGGUUGCAGGAGUGUGAGAAUGAAGCAAUGGAGAAAGUGUCAGACCUGGAGAGACAGCUCAUCCACAGCACUAAGGAAGUGGAGCUGCUAAAGGAGAGCCUCCGGGAAUCAUGCACGCAGAUCUCCACCCUGCAGCAGCGAGAGCGAGAACGAGAGAUGGCCAGAGAGCUGGAGAGGGAGAGAGAGAGGGAUCGAGAGCGCUUAUCGAGAGCGCUUGAGCAGAAGGUCCAGUCCCUCGUGGAGCAGGGGCUCAUCCGAAUGGAGCGCUCCGAGUCUGGAUCCGUGGAACUGAACAUCAUCCACGAAAACACAGGAGAUACACAACUACCUCACGCAGUCAUAGAUGAGAUCACUGAAGCAAACGUUCCUGUAAGUGCAUCCUGUGCACCUUCUGCUCCAACUCCGCCCCCAGUGCCAGUCCCCGCCCCUCCCCCACCACCUCCUCCCCCGCCUCCUCCACCUCUGAACACCUUUAGGACAGGUGAGAUUCUUCCAAUCUGUAGAUUUGUCACACAGCUGUGGUGUGUGUUUCCAGAUGUGCGUGUUCGUGUUGGUUUUUCAGGUACGAGGGAUAAGAAGCCGAUCCAGACAAAGUACCGCAUGCCGCUUUUUAACUGGCAGACGUUAAAGGACGAGCAGGUCGCUGGAACCGUCUUCACUGAACUGGAUGACGAAAAUGUUUUAGCAGAGUUGGACAUGGACGCUUUCGAGGAGCUGUUCAAGACGAAAGCUCAGUCUCCUCCCACCGGCGUCAGCACUCUGAAGAUGAAAGUUUCGGGGAAGUCUUCCAGUAAAAUCUCUCUGCUGGAGCCGAACCGAGCCAAAAACCUGGCAAUCACUCUGCGCAAAGGAGGCAUGGACGCCAACCAGAUCUGCACUGCCAUCGAGACGUAUAAUCUGAAGGCGCUAAGUCUAGAUUUUCUGGAGCAGUUGGAGCGUUUCAUCCCGUCCGACUACGAGCUGAAGUUGAUCCAGAAUUACCAGCGUGAAGGCCGCUCUGUGCUGGAGCUCUCCGAGGAAGACCGCUUCAUGGCUCAGUUUGGGAGAAUUCCACGACUCUGUCAGCGAAUCAGCAUGCUCACAUUCAUGGGGAACUUCAGUGAGAGCGUCCAGCUCCUGCAGCCACAACUCAACGUCAUCAUCGCUGCGUCCAUGUCCAUUAAAUCCUCCAGUAAACUCAAGAAGAUUCUAGAGAUCAUUCUUGCAUUUGGGAACUACAUGAACAGCGGGAAGAGGGGUGCGGUGUACGGCUUUCGCCUCCAGAGUCUCGAUCAGCUCCUGGACACAAAGUCGACAGACCGCAGACAGACGCUGCUGCACUUCCUUGUCAGCAUCAUACAGGAGAAAUUUCCACAUCUACACACCUUUCAUACUGAGCUGCACUUUAUGGAGAAAGCAGCAAUGGUGUCUCUGGACAGCAUUUUAUUAGACGUGCGUGCACUCCAGAGAGGAAUGGAAGUGACCCAGAAGGAGUUUGAGGAACAGAAAGAUAAUUUGAUCCUGAGGGACUUCCUGUCCAACAAUAGCGGUCUGAUGGACGCCGUGGUUAAAGACGCCAAAACCGCCCAGGAGGUGUAUGAAUCAGUGGUGGAGUACUUUGGAGAAAAUCCUAAAACCACUCCUCCUUCUAUGUUCUUCCUCAUAUUCAUUAGGUUCAUUAAAGCUUAUAAGAUGGCUGAACAGGAGAAUGUACAAAGGAAGAGAGACAGUUUCUUCGGGGGUGACGAGAGCAAAGAGAUGGCCAUGUUGGACGCGGACAAAAUGGGAAGCAAGGUGCCCACGAUGCCGCGCUUGGCGCAGGUGGACCUGAUAGCGGAGCUGAAGCGAAGACAGGUGUCCCCUCUGAUGCGUGAGGGCAAGGACGGUACCAUUGAGGACAUCAUCACAGGUCUGAGAAAUCAGCCCUACAUAAGAGCCGACGGAGGAAGACGCAGCUACAAAUGGAAACCGGCACAGAAGCUACAAGUGUCUUCAGACAUCUCUCUCUAACACACACACACACACACACACACACACACACACACACAUAGUUCUACUUAUUUAUUUCCGCUACGAGUAAUAGAACAUAGCUUAACAAUACAAUCAACAAUCAAGAUUUGUCAAAUUCAGUGUCACAGAUUUGAUUGAUUAUUCUGCAUGAACUGCAUUUUUAUCACGCUGUAUUUAAAACAGCGCUUUGUGAUCAUCGUGCUUGGAAAGCUUCGAUUUCAAAAGAUUGUCCUGAUUCGGAUGCACAUUAACGCCUCAGUAUAUUUUCAAGAGCAUGUUUGCUUAUGUACCGACCGGUUGGAACGAAAAAGUGUUUUUAUAUUGGGUACCGUUGCUUUAUGUACAUGUAACCUCAAUCAAUCAAUAAAUGACAUCCAGUGACAUGCAGAUGGGCUUCUUUGGUAAUGAUAAGUACACAGUAAUUAUUACAU